CGCGCCCCUCGGGAGCUGCGGCCGCGAGCCCGGCAGUUGCGCGGCGGCGGCGGCGGGAGGAUGGAGCGCAUCCCGGCCGUGGGCCUGGGCACCUGGAAGGCGGCCCCAGGGGAGGUGGCCGAGGCCGUGAAAGUGGCCAUCGACGCGGGAUAUCGGCACUUCGACUGCGCUUACUUGUACCACAAUGAGAGCGAGGUUGGAGCCGGGAUCCACAGCAAGAUCACGGAGGGCGUGGUGAGGCGGGAGGACCUGUUUAUCGUCAGUAAGCUCUGGUGCACCAGCCACAAGAAGUCGCUGGUGAAGGCGGCAUGCACCAGGAGUCUCACAGCCCUGAACCUGGACUACCUGGACCUCUACCUCAUGCACUGGCCCAUGGGCUUCAAGUCCGGGGAAGAAGAUGUGCCCCUGGACCGCAGCGGCAUGGUCAUAGCCAGUGACACGGACUUCCUGGACACCUGGGAGGCCAUGGAGGACCUGGUGGUCAUGGGGCUGGUGAAAGCCAUCGGGGUGUCAAACUUCAACCACAAGCAGCUCGACAGACUUUUGAACAAACCCAACUUGAGAUUCAAGCCAAUCACUAACCAGAUCGAGUGCCACCCGUAUCUCACCCAGAAGGAGCUCAUCGGGUUUUGCCAGUCCAGACAGGUGUCCGUGACCGCGUACCGGCCCCUCGGCGGUUCCAGUGAGGGCGUAGACCUGCUGGAUGACCCUGUGAUCCAGAGGGUGGCGCAGAAGCACAACAAGUCCCCGGCACAGAUUUUGCUCCGAUUUCAGAUCCAGAGGAAUGUGAUCGUGAUUCCCAAAUCAGUCACCCCCAAGCGGAUUAUUGAGAAUAUCCAGGUGUUCGACUUUAAAUUAUCAGAACAGGAUAUGAAUGACAUCCUCGGCCUGAACAGGAGCUUGCGGCUGUGCACGUUACCCAUAGCUGCAAACCACAAGGACUAUCCUUUCAACAUAUACUUCUGAGCCUGGCUUCCUGCUUCCUCCUCCUGCCUGGGCAGACAGAUCCACGAGGCCCGAACCACCAGCCUCUGCCCUGGGCUGCCAGGGAGGGGAGGGGACGGACGAGGCUUGAUUCCGGUGGAUUUCCGCCUGGAACAGCAGCUGAGCUCCCUGAGAAAUUCAUACGGUUCAGAUGGUCUCCGUGAUGGAAAGGGAGAGGGUGAUCCUCUCCACAGAGAACCCUCAGUCUUUUGAGCACAGUGUGAUGGGAUUUUACAAGACAAUGUGGCCUACACUCUCAAAAAAAAAGAUUGUAUUAUGGAAAUAUUUAGAUAAAUACAAGAGUUGAGACCAUGGCA